AUGUCAUUGGACAGGCGGGGUGAGAUCAACACUCCUCCCACGCGAUACGACCUCACCUUGGGAUCGGAUAAAUCCUCGUCGCUGUCCCGAUCCGAGGCUGGCACAUAUGAUGUGAUCCAGGCUGAGAUCCAGCACGCCAAGCGCCAGGAGUUGGCCACCGGGGUGGCCACCGCCCCGCACCAAAAUGGGCACAAUGGGAAUGGAAUCGGAAAUGUGCAUCCGUUGAGCACGCAGCACGACAUCGAGGCGGAGGUGAAGAAGCGAAAGUGGCCGACCGAGCCCAGCUACUUCCUGGCCAAGGAGCUGCUGAUGACGGAGCGCACGUACAAGAAGGAUCUGGAUGUGCUGAACACCACCUUCCGACAGGUCCUGAGUAUCGGCGACGUGGAGCAACUGCAGCCGCUGUUCGAACUGCUCGACUCCCUGGCCCAGCACCACAAUCUCUUCCUGCGCGAAAUCGAGCACCGACUGGUGCAGUGGGAGGGACGUGGAGGCCACGACGCCCACCGCAUCGGAGACGUGAUGAUGAAGCACAUGGCAGCCCUGCCCAUCUACGAUGAGUACGUGCAGACGCACCUGGACAUCCUGCACUGCCUCAACGACUUUUAUGAGGGGGAUGAGCGCUUCCGCCAGGUGUACAAGGAGUUUGAGCAGCAGAAGGUGUGCUAUCUGCCCAUCGGUGAGCUUUUGCUGAAGCCCCUCAACCGCCUGUUGCACUACCAACUCAUAUUGGAGCGGCUCUGCGACUACUAUACGGAGGAGCACACCGACUACGCCGACUGCCAGGCUGUGCACCACCUGCUCGUUCGCACCACCAAGGAAAUCCGGGCCCACCUUCCCGACUCUGCCAACUUCGUGGAGCUGUGCGAGCUGCAGCGUGACAUCAGCUUCGAGCAGUUGGUCCAGCCCCACCGCCGUCUUAUCCGCCAGGGUUGCCUGCUGAAGCACUCGAAGCGCGGUCUGCAGCAGCGGAUGUUCUUCCUGUUCUCAGACCUGCUGCUCUACGGAUCCAAGUCCCCGCUGGACCAGAGCUUCCGCAUCCUGGGCCAUGUUCCUGUGCGGUCGCUGCUCACCGAGAACGCCGAGCACAACACCUUCUCCAUCUUCGGCGGACAGUGCGCCAUCACGGUGAGUGCGGGCACCACCGCCGAGAAGACCCUUUGGCUGGCCGAGCUCUCCAAGGCGGCGGCGGACAUCAAAAAUCGUCCGCCAAACAUGCAGCUGCAACUGACGACGCUUAAAAACUGCAGUUCUUCGGAGGAGGGUCUGGACCUGUUUGGUCUGAGCAACGGCAACAACAGCAGCUUGAACAGCAGCGUGAACGGUGGCGGUCCGUUGACGCCGCAACAGCAACAGUUGCAGCUGCAACAGCAACAGCAAAACCGGACACAGCCGUCUCGCAGCAACACCGCUCUGCACGUCUGCUGGCAUCGUGGCGCCACCGUAGGACUGGGCGAUCACCUAAUAGCCGCCGAGCACCAGCUGUCCGGCUACCUACUGCGCAAGUUCAAGAAUAGCUCCGGAUGGCAGAAACUCUGGGUGGUGUUCACCUCCUUCUGCCUUUACUUCUACAAGAGCUACCAGGAUGAGUUCGCCCUGGCCAGCCUGCCGCUGCUGGGCUACACGGUGGGUCCUCCUGGCCACCAGGACGCCGUUCAGAAGGAGUUUGUCUUUAAGCUCUCCUUCAAGAACCACGUUUACUUCUUUCGGGCGGAGAGCGCCCACACCUACAACAGAUGGUUGGAGGUGCUGCGCAGCACGACCCAAACACAGGACUUCAAAAAUAUACACACUCACGCUGUGUUAGGCAACUAG